CCCGGGUCCGCCUCCUACGGCCCCUCCUCCCGGACGUGCCGGGCCAGCUGCGGUUCCCCCGAGCCGCCGUCCCGCGGCCGCUCAGGCUCCGCCGCUGCCUUCUCGACGCCGCGCUGCAGGCGGGGGUAGCCCGAAGGCACCCCAGGAACGCGUGCCCGCCCCAGGAGCAGCAGAGACCCCUCGGCGCGGCUCCUCCGGCUGCCGCUGCCGUGGCCCGGCCGUGCCGGAGGAGCCCCGUGGGGACCGGUCCGGGUCACCAUGUCCCGCGGGGGCAGCCGCUGGCCGGUUCGCCUCCUGAUGAUCACCUGCGUGAUGGCCGGGCCGGCGCUGAGCCAGGAGUGCUCCGCGGAGAAGAUGGAGAAUUCCAUCAUCGAUAUAGACUUGUCCCUGCCCCGCGGCGUCCGGGGCGCGGAGCCGCUGCGCGUCCCCAGCGCGGGUGCGUGUGUCCGCGCCUGCUGCUCGGGGCACCGGCUCGCAGGAGACAAGAAGUGUAAUUUGAUUAUUUUUUAUGCUGCAAGAACAAGUACACAUCCAAACUGCUACUUGUUUUACUGUCCUAGCACGGAGGCUUGUCCAAUGAAACCGGCAACAGGUCUUGUGAGCUACAGGAUAACUACAGACAUCCAUGCCCCAGAGGAUAAAUCCAUCAAAGCUGAGAACUUUUCUUCAAAUGAGUAUUCUUUGCCUUCAGAUGCUGGAACCUUCAUUCCUCACAGUCAGGAGAUCCAUCGGAAUCACACUGCCAGCUUGCAGAAAUCUGUGUUUCAUCAGGCAUCUGAACACUUGAACCACAUAGGCAAGCAUUUGGACAACAUGGAACUUGAUACAGUUUUUCCUGAAUCUCAAACAGAAAAACAGUCCGAGAGCUUAGACCCCAUCUCAAGGCAGAAAAUAAUUACUCUGCCACCAAACACACCUUCUUCUAUUCCAGUUGGAAACCCCACUGCUUCAUUCCCCACCGCUGCUCAGUCAGGCACUCCUGAAACCACAAGUGCUUCUCUUACUCCACUGCCAACAAGUACUGCCCAGCUGGAGCCUCACACAGCCUCUCUGCAACCUGGUGCUGCUAAGCCAAACACAACCCACUCCACUGCAGCUGCCUCUCUGCCUGCUGCAGCCACUGCAGCUAAACCUGGUGUCCCUGCCACCAGCAUCACUGUUACUCAUGUUCUUCUUUCCAAAACUGUAAAUUCUGCUUCUACUUCUGCAACCAAGCAGGUGACCAUGAAUUCCAGAUCUGCUACUGCCCCAACAGGGCUAAGGAUUCCAGCCAUGGCACCUGAGCCAACGGUUGUCUCUUCCAGUGAUACCAGGCAUGUAACCCUCCUCUCUUUUCCAGGUUUCGUUCUGUCCAGUGAUUCCCCUGCAUCUUCCCAAAAUGACCUUCAGGGUUAUGGCCCAUCUGACUCAGAAAGCUCCUUGUCAGAAGGUGUUCUGAGAGGGAAAGGUGUCUUUCAGCUGGGGGAAAAAAGCAGCCUUGUAGCAGCUUUGUUUUUUGGGGUGAUAUUCUUGUUGCUAGUUAUUGUGCUCACAGGGAAGAAAGUACACGAAUCUCUUCAGAAGAGGCAUUAUACCAGGCUGGAUUACUUGAUCAAUGGAAUGUAUGCUGAUGUCUGACUGGGAGAGAGAAUAAAAUUUUGAGGAGCAUCUCUCACUUUUGAGAGAACUCUGAAAUGGAACAGUAGAUACUGAAAUCUCGCAAGAAGAUGGAUUCCUUUUUUGGGGUUCUAAUAGGAAAGCAGGAGACAGGAGAUGGGUUUGGUGGUGAGAAGGAAUGCUCUGUCUGUGCUGAGCUAUAAUGUCAGUUAUUUU